CAGUCUGUGGAGCGCCGUCGGAGGGGAAGGAGUGCGCAACGGCGGGUCCGUGUAGGCGUGGCUGUUAGAGAGAAGAAAUGUCUGUGAAUUUUUGUCUGUGGGCGGCGGCGGGUCUGUGGGCGUCUCCUGCGUAGCCAUUAUUCUCCUCCUGUGGCUGUGAGAGGAAAAAAAGACACCCAAUUCCAGUGAUUUUACUGUGACCUGGAGGAGAACAUUUCGCGGGGUUUUAAAUUCGCGGAUAAUUUUGACCUUUUUGCUAAUUGAAGGUCCGGACAGGUGCGUGGACGUGCGGACAGGUGUGGAACAGGUGGAGGAAGGAGUGCGCUAAGUGGAUGAACAAGUGGAGUGGUGAUAAGUGGAUACAUUAGGAAAUAGACAAGAAAAGAAGACGCGAAAUUUUAAAAACCAGCGAAAUUAUAAGUAAGCCAGCCCAACCAACCAACCAAACCCGCAACCUUGAAAAAACCGCCCAAAUCAUAACCCACUUCUAAAAACCAGCCCAACGUCUCCACCAUCACCACCACCACCACCACCAUGACAACCCUCAACUCCCUCUUCUCCUUCACCUCCCCGGCCGUGAAGAAGCUGCUGGGGUGGAAACAAGGCGACGAGGAGGAGAAGUGGGCGGAGAAGGCGGUGGACUCGCUGGUGAAGAAGCUCAAGAAGAAGAAGGGAGCGAUCGAGGAGCUGGAACGAGCGUUGAAGUGCCCCGGUCAACAGUCUAAGUGUGUCACCAUUCCCAGGAGUCUCGACGGACGAUUGCAGGUCUCUCAUCGCAAGGGGCUACCACAUGUCAUCUACUGUCGAGUGUGGCGCUGGCCGGACCUCCAGAGCCACCAUGAGCUUAAGCCGCUGGAGUAUUGCCAGUACCCCUUCUCGGCCAAACAGAAGGAGGUCUGCAUUAAUCCAUACCACUACAAGAGAGUCGAGAGCCCAGUCCUGCCGCCCGUGCUGGUACCAAGACACUCGGAGUUCGCGCCGGGCCACUCUCUCCUCACUUUCCAGCAGCAGCUCCAGGAACCCAUGCCCGGCAAUGUCUCGUUCUCCCAGGAUGGCUUCGUUCCGUCCUCACUCAGCGGCCCCCUCCCCCCCACACACUCACAGAUGGGCGGCAGUAGUUCCCUGGGCGGCAUCAACCAGCCCCCAUCGCCGGUUGGAAGUGUCGUCAGCCCCACCAGUCAGUCUCCGCACAGCCCCUAUGGUAGUCUGCCGGGUGACCUCGUGCCAGGCGGGGGCAGUCUGAGCGGCCUGAACCAGCCCCCGUCCCCGGUGGUCAGCCCCUCCAUCCACAGCCCACACAGCCCCUACGGAAGCAUCCCUGACACGCCUCCACCCGCCUACAGCCCCAGCGAGGACAUCAAACAGACACAGCCGACGGACGCCCCAAUGGAGACUGUCCCGUCCUCCACCACCAUACUCACCAACAACGUCACCCCAGUCACUUACCAGGAGCCCACCCACUGGUCCACAAUAGCCUACUACGAGCUCAACAACAGGGUCGGAGAGGUGUUCCACGCGCAGACGCACUCGGUCAUCGUGGACGGAUUCACGGACCCAAGCAACAACUCGGAGCGGUUCUGCCUCGGUUUGCUGUCCAAUGUCAACCGAAACUCCACCAUUGAGAACACCAGAAGGCACAUUGGCAAGGGCGUCCACCUUUACUACGUCGGCGGCGAGGUGUAUGCAGAAUGCCUCUCGGACUCCGCCAUCUUCGUCCAGUCCCGAAACUGCAACCACCACCACGGCUUCCACCCCUCCACCGUGUGCAAGAUCCCGCCCGGUUGCUCCCUCAAGAUCUUCAACAACCAGGAGUUCGCCCAGCUGCUGUCCCAGAGCGUCAACCAUGGUUACGAGGCGGUGUUUGACCUCACCAAAAUGUGCACUAUAAGGAUGUCGUUCGUGAAGGGUUGGGGCGCAGAGUACCACCGGCAAGACGUCACAAGUACGCCGUGCUGGAUAGAGAUUCACCUGCAUGGGCCGCUGCAAUGGCUCGACAAGGUGCUCACCCAGAUGGGCGCACCCACCGACCGCAUCUCAUCCGUGUCGUGAGUCUGGCACAGGAACACACGCGCCCCCGCACUCUACCACACCCACCCACCCACAUCCGCACCCUCCCUGAUACGUUCCCUUAUCCACUCAUCCAUUUGCUUCCUCCUCUUCUGUUCUCUUAUCCUAAUCCACUUCUCCCUUAAUUGCUUCCUCCUCCUCCUCCUCCUCCUCUUCUCUUCCCUUAUCCAAAUUCACUUCUCCCUCAGUUGCUUCUUCCUCCUCCUCCUCCUGUUCCCUUAUCCUAAUCCACUUCUCCCUCAGUUGCUUCUUCCUCCUCCUCCUGUUCCCUUAUCCUAAUCCACUUCUCCCUCAGUUGCUUCUUCCUCCUCCUCCUGUUCCCUUAUCCUAAUCCACUUCUCCCUCAGUUGCUUCCUCUUCCUCCUCCUCCUGCUCCCUUAUCCUAAUCCACUUCUCCCUCAGUUGCUUCCUCCUCCUGUUCCCUUAUCCACUCAUCCAUUACUCCUCUCACAUCCGCACUUGCUUCCUCCUCUUCCCUUCCCUUAUCCUAAUCCACUUUCUUAUUUCCUCUCUCCGUACACUCUUUAUUGUUUCCUCCUCUUCCUUAUUCUCUUUAUUUUAGGUCUUUACUGAUUUUCUUUCUCAUUUACUUAUUAUUUUCCUUUUUAUUCUGCAUUGUCUAAGAUUCAUAGACUUUUCCCCUCUUUUCCUUCUCCUCUUCCUUUUUAUUUUCUGUAUCUUCUAAGUUUUUUUUAUUAGUUAUCUCCCUCAAUAACUUUACUCUUUUUUUUAACUGUCUGUUUUUCCUCCUCCACGUCAUUUUUUUCCGCUUUUCUGAGUUUUUUGCGGAUUUUUCUUCCUCAGUCGCUCCGUUCUCUUCCUUUUUGUUCUCUAUCCCACUUCACUCCCUCUCUCCUCCUCUCCCACUCCUAUAGCUUUAACAACUCCCUCCCUUGCCUCCCUACAUCAUCCCUCUCUCCCUUCCUUACCCACACUUAUACCUCUCCUCAUCCACUCCCAAACUCAUCCACUCCCUGUCCUGUUCUCUCCCAGCAUUCCCUUUUCCGUCUUACGCUUCACGCAAUCCGCCGUUCGUCCACCAUUUGUGUCUUUCUGUAUGAUUUCUGUAUUCGAUUUAGCGGCAGGAUGAGGCGGAGGCGGAAGAAGAGAUUGAGGUGCGGAUAGUUCGUCAACCUCAAACUCCUCCACCUGUCGAGUCCGCUGUGUUGUCGUUGUGUUAUUACUGUCGUUCUUGCCGUCGUUUCAUCGUAAGUGUCUCCUCUGCAGCCUCGAUCUCUCUCGUUCUGAUGUGUUCUUGAAGCUGUCGGUCUUUUUGUACUUGUGGUGAUGUGUGUGAUGAUGGUGGUGGUGAUGGUGGUGUCUGUCCCCUCCACUCUACUCUGUUUUGGCUCUGGGAAGGAAGGAAAGGAGAGGAGAGGAAGGAUGGAGUGAAGGAAUGAAGGAAGGAAGGUGAACACACACACUCACACGCGCAGAAAAUUCGCACACAAGGAAAAAAGGAGAGGAGAGGAGGCAGCAGGGAGUGAAGGAAAGGAAGGAAGGAUGGAGGAAAGGGAGGAGUGAAGGAAUGAAGGAAGAAAGGAAGGCGAACACACACACACACACACACAAAAUUCGUACACAAGGAAACGAAAACCGGACAGUUCUUAGACACAUUUUCCUCUUUUUUUUCCCCUUUAUUUUCCGACUGAGUGGUACGUACAAGUUAGCAUACUAAGGAAGGAUAUAUAAGUAAAAAUCAUAAACUACUACUACUACUACUACUGUGCUUCAAAUGGAAAUAGUUUAGCUUAGUGGUUCGACGCAGAUGUUUAGUUCGUCACCCCUCGAUGCGAAAAGCCGGUGUGUGAUUGGCUUAGGUUAGUGACUAGAUUAUCGCCUUAGUUAGCGUAGGUGUGAGGUGAGAUGUGUUGGUUUGUUAUGGAGUCUGUUGUGUCUUGGGUGAGGAUAUGUGUACUUGGUUUUAUGCUCUUUUUUUGUUUUCUUUCAUUCCUUCCUUUCUUCUUUCCUUCCAUAUUCAGUUUCGUUUUCUUCUAUUCCUUUCUUCAUUCCUUCCUGUCUUCUUUCCUUCCUUUUCUCAUCUCUUCUUUUUCCUUCUUUCCUCCCUUUUCUCCUUUCAUUUUUUCCUUAUUUUUCUUUUCUCCUUUCCUUCCUCCUCUUCUUCCUCCUUUCUUUUGUUUUCCUUCCUUCUAUCCAUGCUAAUUUCCUCCCUUCCUUCCUUUUCCCCUCCUCCUUUUUUUCUCUUCUCCUUUCCUUCACUCCUCUCUUUUCCAUCUACUUUUUAUUUCCCCUUCCUUUCUUCUUUCCCUCCUUCCUUCCUAUUUCCCUUCUAUCCCUCCUAAUUUCCUUCCUUCCCUCCAUUUCUCCUUUCCUUUUCUCCAUUUCUUCUCUCCAUUCCUCCCUUUAUCCUUUCUGCCUUCCCUCCUCCUCCUCAUUCUCACCAAAAUCACUAUCUGGGCUUCUUCUUCCUCUAACACAUUCUCACCUUAGGCCAAAUAGAGUGUAGUCAGUCAGUCACAGAGUAAACAACAACAACAACAACCACAACAACACUACAAGCUUGACUGUGAAUUUCGUGCGUGUUGGAUUCCUUUUCGAACAGUUUCCUGCCCCCAAAUGUGAUGUUCAAUUGUUUGCCUUGUUGUGCUCUCCAGCAGCCCCGCCCGACAGCUUGUGGCAGGUGCAGGGACGCCCACCCACCCCCACACACCCUGCCCUGCCCUACCCACCGCCCGAGGGAAGGGGGGUAGGGAGGGCAGAGGUGGAGGAGCACGGUACUCUUAGGAAGGCUGACGGACUAGUGUAAAGGUAGAAAAUAAAAUGUCUCGGCAAAACGUCAAAGAGAUGCUUCAUGGAGGAAUAUUUAAUUGGCCGUGAGACCCCUUAAAGGAAUACGGAAGUUAAAUAAUAAGAGUUAAUUGGCUGAUUAUAGAGAAGUGAGCUGAUUGGACAGUGAAAAAGUGAAACAUCUCGUCAAAAUAUCAAAGAGAUGUUUCAUGGAGGAAUAUUUAAUUGGCCAUCAGACCCCUUAAAGGAAUACUUAAGUUAAAUAAUAAGAGUUAAUUGGCUGAUUAUAGAGAAGUGAGCUGAUCGGACAGUGAAAAAGUAAAACAUCUCAUCAAAAUAUCAAGGAAAUGUUUCAUGGAGGAAUAUUCAGUUGACCGUCAGACCCCAUAAAUGAAUAAGGAUGUUAAAAAAAGACGAGUUAAGUGGCUGAUUAUAGAGAAGUGAGCUGAUCGGACAGUGAAAAAGUGAAACAUCUCGUCAAAAUAUCAAGGAAAUGUUUCAUGGGAGGAAUAUUCAGUUGACCGUCAGACCCCAUAAAGGAAUAAGGAUGUUAAAAAAAAGAUGAGUUAAGUGGCUGAUUGUAGAGAAGUGAGCUGAUCGGACAGUCGCUACAAUAAGUUUAUAUGUAAUGCACAAUCAUGUCGCGGGAAGUGUGAGUUGGUGGACAUGUAUUCUUCAGGGAGUGUAAUGAAUUGAACUGAAUGCGCACAAAUAGCACAAAAGUCCAAGUCUGAUUUGCUUUUUCUUUAUUGAUUAGUUAAGUUAUAUCCGGUGAAAGAUUUCUCGGAUUACUCGGUGAUUAAAUAUUUAGUCUUUUUUACAACAAAGGAGACGGCUCAAGGGCAACAAAAAGAGUGUAGAAAAGGAAUAAAAAGCCCGCUACUCACCGCUCCCAUAACAGACAAAAGUAAAGAGUGGCCAAAAGCUACAAUAGACAAACUGAAUUAUAGGGAAUCGGAGAGACCGUGCCAAGAAUAAUUAUUGGUAGAGAGAUGGGAGGUGUUCUUCAGUGUGCCUAUCAUUAUAAUCAUGACUCACAGCAAGAGAGUAACAUAUCUACCAUGAAAAACUGAGUGGAGGCAUAAAAUGGACUAGUCACAACAUAGAAAAGGUUAAUUCUCACACUAGUUCCUUGUUAUACUUCAGCUCACUUCUUCAAUGUCUUUUCCUGGCUUGAGAACUGACUAAAAUGAUUUGGACACGCUGGUGAACCUUUGCCAUUCUGCGUGGUGGCCGUUCAGGAGUUAAAACAAGUCAUUCAUAAGUUAAGCUCACUUCUUCAAUGUCUUUUCCUAGCUUGAGAACUGACUAGAAUGAUUUGGACACGCUGGUGAACCUUUGUCAUUCUGCGUGGUGGCCGUUCAGGGGUUAAAACAAGUCUACAUUAAUUAAGUCAUGCAUAAGUUAAGCUCACUUCUUCAAUGUCUUUUUCUGGCUUGAGAACUGACUAGAAUGGUUUAGACGCACUGAAGAACCAAUGCUGUUCUGUGUGAUGGCUGUUCAGGAGUUAAAACAAGUCUACAUUAAUUAAGUCAUGCACAAGUUAAGCUCACUUCUUCAAUGUCUUUUCCUGGCUUGAGAACUGACUAGAAUGAUUUGGACGCACUGAGGAACCAAUGCUGUUCUGUGUGAUGGCCAUUCAGGAGUUAAAACAAGUCUACAUUAAUUAAGUCAUUUCCAAGUGAAGUCCUGUCAGCCCCUAAGACAUCGUCCGCGCUGCGUCGCCUGCACCAACACAUUGCCCAAGCGCUUGAGGUCACAAAAAUUGUUCCGUGCCUAUUACAAUUAUUUCAUACCGUCCAAAGCUGCAGAAAGCCCUCUAUUGUGUGUGGAUGCAUCGCUGCUUGGCAUGACACGAGAAGCUUAGUACAGGUUUAGUCUAGGGUGACUUUUUCUCCUUUGUAAGUGAUGUUAGCGCCAGGAACACAAGCUGGUCGCUGCCUCAGACGCCUCGACAGUGACUGCAACACUCGAGCAACACUCGCGCCGCCAACACAAGGCUGCCACAGACUCGCUACUGUCCGCGCUGCCGUCGUUUUGAUUUCCCGGAAGUCUUAUCACAAACGAUCUAGUGUUUUUUUUAUUUUUGUACCGUUUUGUAAAUACGUAUAACUGUAGAGAGUGCUGUAACGAUGAUGCACGUGGAGCGAGGGACGGCAGGGUCUGGGAACACUCCACGUGGAUGAUUGGCGUGGAGUGGAGGAGUGAUAACGGCCACAUGCCUAGUGCUGAAGAGAAGGAGGAGGAGGAAGGAUUGUUGGGAAAAGAGAGAAACUGAGGAGAUAGGGAGAGGAGGAGAGAGAAGUGCAUCAUUGAAAUGGAUAAAGAAAAGACAGGCUAGUGAUUUAAAAAGGAAGAACAAUACAAAAAGCAAGAAAAACGGAGAGAAGAAAAGAGAGAAACUGAGGAGAUAGAGAGAGGAGGAGAGAGAAGUGCAUCAUUGAAAUGGAUAAAGAAAAGACAGGCUAGUGAUUUAAAAAGGAAGAACAAUACAAAAAGCAAGAAAAACGGAGAGAAGAAAAGAGCUAAAAAGAGAAGUGCAUAAUAGAAAUGGAGAAGAAAGGAUGGAGAUGAAAACUAAACAGCAAGAAACGAAAAAGCCUUGAUAAGAAAGAAAAAUGGAGAACUGAAAGAGGAGGAGGAAGAGAGAGAGAGAGAAAGUGAAUGAUGAGAAUGGAGAAAGGAGAGACAGCCUGGUGAUGAAAGGGAGAUAGAAAAAUAACACAGGAGAGCGAGAGAAGUGCAUGACUAGAGUGGAGAAAGGAGAGAAAGCCUGGUGAUAAAAGGGAGAUAGAAAAACAACACAGGAGAGCGAGAGAAGUGCGUGACAUAAUUAAAAGAAAAGAAUGACAGGCUGGUGACAGAGGAAGAAAAGGAAGACAGUGAAAAGUGAAUGAACAACUACACUGAAAAAAAGACGAUGAUAAAAACGACAGCCUGGUGAGUGACAGACAGAGACAGAAAAAACAGAGUGCCAAGCCUCCCAGUAGCAAAGUGCGUGACUAAGUAAACAAACCAACACUGGACAAGGAUUAGUGAGUGGCCUGGCGAUGUUAGUGGUGACCCAGAAUGACCCGCACUGGUGGCCUCGAGCUCUUGGUUGGUGAAGGUAUGGAAGGCGUCAGUGGUGUGUUAGUGGUGACCCAAAAUGACCUUCACUGGUGGCCCUGAGGUGUUAGUGGGUGAAGAAGUGAUGAGUUAGUGGUGACCCGGAAUGACCCGCACUGGUGGCCCUGAGCUCUUUGUUGGUGAAGGAAUGGAAGGAGUCACUGGUGGGUUAGUGGUGACCUGGAAUGACCUUCACUGGUGGCCCUGAGUUCUCAAGUUGGUGAAGGAAUGGAAGGAGUCAGUGGUGGGUUAGUGGUGACCCAGAAUGACCCGUACUGGUGGCCCUGACCUCUUACUGGGUCAUGGAACAGCCCCUGACCAUUGCCCGCUCUGUCUCGCGAUGGCUGUGGCUUUCGGGGACAAGACAGGAUAGGGCAUUUGUCUUUUACUGCAUAUAUUAAAAAAAAUGUCUGUAAAAAUACUCUGUAUCCUAGUACAAGAACAAAAAAAAAAUAUCCUUGAAAUAUUACCCCUUAUCCCCACUUCCCCCCCCUUUUUUUUUUUGCCUAAAUAUUAUUAUUAUUGAGUCUGUUGAUGCCAUAUUAUUGACUAUUAAUUCUUGAGUUGGAAAAAGUUUUGUUAAUUUUACUUUUAAGUUGAACGAGUCUUGUUAUGUUUAGUGUGUUGGGCCGAGACGUGUGAGUGUAUGACUGUGUGUGUGUGUGUGUGUGUGUGUGUGCCCAGCAAGGCCGUAGGUGGAGGGUCCAGGCAAGGUUUGUUUUCCGUUCUGAACACUAAAGUCGAGUGUUGAAACGUUUCAGCAAAAUUGAUGAAGCGCUUGUGUUUGUAACCCAAGUUAUUGGAGUGAUGAGAUACUGGGCACUGAAGUGUUUAAUAAUUCUACAGCCCCAAGUUUUGAGUCAGAGAGUGGCACUGAAGUGUUUAAUAAUUCUACAGCCCCAAGUUUUGAGUCAGAGAGUGGCACUGAAGUGUUUAAUAAUUCUACAGCCCCAAGUUUUGAGUCAGAGAGUGGCACUGAAGUGUUUAAUAAUUCUACAGCCCCAAGUUUUGAGUCAGAGAGUGGCACUGAAGUGUUUAAUAAUUCUACAGCCCUAAGUUUUGAGUCAGAGAGUGGCACUGAAGUGUUUGAUAAUUCUACAGCCCUAAGUUUUGAGUCAGAGAGUUGCACUGAAGUGUUUGAUAGGGUUAAGUUUUGAGUCAGAAAGUGUUGAUAAUUCUACAGCCCUAAGUUUAGAGUCAGAGAGUGGCACUGAAGUUGUUGAUAAUUCUACAGCCCUAAGUUUUGAGUCAGAGAGUGGCACUGAAGUGUUUGAUAAUUCUACAGCCCUAAGUUUUGAGUCAGAGAGUUGCACUGAAGUGUUUAAUAAUUCUACAGCCCUAAGUUUUGAGUCAGAGAGUGGCACUGAAGUGUUUGAUAAUUCUACAGCCCUAAGUUUUGAGUCAGAAAGUGUUGAUAAUUCUACAGCCCUAAGUUUUGAGUCAGAAAGUGUUUGAUAAUUCUACAGCCCUAAGUUUAGAGUCGGAGAGUGUUAAGUCCCGAUCCCAUGCAGAGGACAGCCUGGGUGAGCGUUGGAAGUCCGCCAGCGAGUGAGUGAGUGAGUCUCUCGGCCCUUCCUUGUUACUACUUAGCCCAGUUCUGGAGAAGACAAGUCAGUGAGUGUUACAAGGUGUUGGUGUGGUCACGUCAACACCGGUCAGUUUGUGGCUCAUCUGCUGUACAAUGGAUUUAUUUAUUAUUGAUAGUGCAAGUUACUCCUAGAGGUAAGAUAGCCAUUGGUCAUGUUAGUUUAUUUAUUGGCGAGGUGUGUGAGGUGUCUGUUAGUUUGUACGUGUCGCCCUGUUUAGUACUCGCAGCGAGGUUGAAAUUACGCGUGAAAACUGGACUGCUGUUUGUUUAAUGUUCUUAUUUUAUCUUGUGAAAGGAAAAUAAGUUCUUUAAUGGGAGGGAAAAUAAGGAUGUUAAUCUGAACUGAGGCAUCAAAAUUGAAUAUGGUAAGGACGAAGAACAUUUGCGAACCUUAAUUUUGAAAGGUUCGCUUAUGUACAGUUGGCAAAAGAAGUAUCGAACACCCUUGAGUAGAUGGAAAGCUUGAACAAAAUCCACUUUCUGAACUCAUUCCCUUCCUCCCUCUCUUUCUCCCUUCCUUUCCCUUCCCUUUAUUUCUUUUCCUUUCCCCCAUUCCUUUCCCUUCCCUUUAUUUCUUUUCCUUUCCCCCUUCCUUAUCUCCCUUCUCUCUUCUUCGUAACCCCACAAUCACCUUCUACAUAUUUUUCCCUUCCCUUUAUUUAUUUUCCUUUCCCCCCUUCCUUAUCUUCCCUUCUCUCUUCCUAACCCCACAAUCACCUUCCACACAUUUUUCCCUUCCGUUUAUUUCUUUUCCUUAUCCUCCCUUCUCUCUUCUUCCUAACCCCACAAUCACCUACACAUUUUUCCCUUCCUUCCUUCCUUUCCCUCCUCUCCACCAUAAUAAAUAAAUGGUGUUGUGUUGGUUAAGACCAAUGUGCAGACUCUAGCAACCAACACAAAAGCAUGUCUUGAUAUUUUGCUUUGAGUCCAUUCCAUCGACUCACUAGUGUUCGAUACCUUUUUCUAUGGACCAUCAGCUCAGUGUCCAAGUGUUUCUAUUCCCGAGGUGCAGUGUUACCAGGCAAUCUUACUCAGCACAUUAUAUUCUCCGGUAUGUCAUCCAUAACUUGCACAGAAACAUCAAUAAUUACCAGUGUGAACAAUAGACUUAACUGAAUAUUGUUCCUUGUGUGGGUCUGAAACUAAUUAAUGAAGUGUCUGAAGCACGGUAAUUUGGUAACACUGCUGAGGCGAGUACUGACAGGCACGGCGGCUACACACUAACACUCGUACCCUCAUCAAGCUGAAGGACGCACUCAGGUGGUGUUCCUCGGCUUACACACCGAAGCCAAUCUGAGCCAUUUUGUUACUGUGAGAACGUCUGUGUGAGGGCUCGCCAAGGGUUCUCUUAGCGACCCCUGACUCCUCGCCGCUUCCUGAGGUCUCGGCAGUGAGUCUAGGGGUUGGCCAGGAAUGUGUUCAGGCUGUACAGAUCAAAAGCUUUCAACUCCGCAUGCCUCGACAAAACUACUACUGCAUUGUUCAUAGCGUAUCGCCGCGCCGUACUCUGACACUUUUUGUAACACUUGAGUGAGAACUUUUGUAACGUGAGGCAAACACUUGUGGGUGCGGCGCUGUCUAACCGAGCCCUGACCUUCUAAGCCCUGCAGGACACAGCUACCUACGUGUGCAAUAACUGUUGCCAUAAUAUUGAAUCCUGCACCAACAGUUUAAGAACAUUGACAUUUUAUAUAUAUUUUUUUCAUUUAUUGCAGUUGUCAUGUGUUUGAUGUAACUGUAGUGCGAUAAAUAAUGUUUCUUAGA